AUGGGUGGGGGAGUCGGGGGGGCGGCUGAGGAGUGGAUGGAGCGGACCGGGGGGGGGGGCGGGGUGGGGGGUGGGGGGAGGGGGGAGGGAGAGGGUACGGGGGGGGUGAGGGGGAGCGGGAGGGAGAGGGGGGGGGGGGGGGGGGGGGCGGCGACAGGGGGCCGGGGGGGCGGGGGUGGAGGGGCAGGGGGAGAUCCAGGGGGACGGGGGGAGGCGGGGUGUCGGGAGAGGGGAGGGGGGGGCGGGAGAGGGGGGAGUGAGGGGGGGGAGGAGGGGGGGGGGGGGGCGGGGGGGGUGCGGGAGCGAGGGGCUCGGGUGGGAGGGGGGGGGUGGGGGAGGGGGUGGCGAGGGUCGAUCUCACAGUGGUGCGGCGGGGGCUGGAAGGGGGGGGUCAGAAGGCACCAGCAGAGCUCAGGGACACUUUGGUUCCACCAGGGUCGAUCUGGUGCGUCUGCAGGUGUUGGAGCAGACUUUGAGUGCGGGAAGAAGGUCAGCUCACCAGGUCCUGAUCUUCCUGAGGAGAAAAAGAGGGGGGGCGGGGAGGGAGGGAGGGGAGGGGUGAGAGGGAGGGUGGGGAGGGUCGGGGAGGGGGGUGGGGGGAGGGGGGGGUGGGGGGGGAGGGGGGGGGGGGAGGGGAGCGGGGGGGGAGGGGGGGAGGGGGGGGGGGGGGGGGAGGGGGGGACGGGGUGGGGGAAGGAGGGGGGGGGGGGGCGUGGGGGGGGGGGGGGUGGGGGGGGGUGGGGAGGGUGGGGGGGGGGGGGGUGGGGGGCGGGGGGGGGAGGGGGGGGGGAGGGGGAGGGGGGGGGGGGGGGGGGGGGGAGUGGGGGGGGGCGGGGGUGA